AUGGCUUCCUCAAAGGCCAACCUCUCUUCAUUACCCGCUGAGUUACUGCUCUCGAUUCUAUACCAAUCCCGGGAACUCUCCCUGAUCAAUGUUUGUCGAGAGUUUCGUGCCUGUCUUCCUCCAUUCUCGCCAAUUGCUCGAUCACUUGCUGUGCUUGCAUUCAGCAAGGUCAAUCACGCCUCUACGUCACCAGAUGGGCAAUAUUAUCAAGGGCCUGUAAUGGAGCCCUUUCUUCAGGAAUUUCGCUCCGCUCUGGACGAGGCAACAGGGCUAGCGUUUCCUCUGUCACCGGAGCAGCGUGCGCAUCUACAGCAAGACGUGCUGUGCAGUGGAUGGUGGAACAUCAAUAGGUUCCACGCCGUGCACUUGUUCCUCUUCCGAUACCAUCUGUUGAGCCUCGAGGCGCGGCUGAGUGAAGACCCAUUCCGGAUACCCGAUGCGCAGAUCGAUUCGUUCAAACAAUAUAUUCGCAAUUUCGAAACCCACUGGUCACUCUGGACGACUCCUCGGAAGACAAUGCAGGAACCGGAUUUUCCAUUCAUCAUGCCGUGGAAGUCUAUGCCGAAUUAUUACUUGCACACUGAUGUACUCUUGACCCGAGCAGUGACUUAUAUGACUCCAAUGCUGCCCGCUGUUACUGUGGAAAGUACUGAUAUAUCUAUGAACCAACACGCAUUUGUAUUCCAAAGGGGAUGGCAUAUGCCAGAGUACUGGAAUAUCAUGCGAGUCAACAACAGUGACAUGAGCGACAAUGUAGGUCCUCGAGACCCUACAGCGCAAAUGUUGGAGAACAGGAGAUUGGAUGGCAAGGGCAGGAAAUAUUUCCUGCCACCACGACCCUUGCUUGUUCCUCCCUUUACAGCACGAAAACGCGGCAUCCUAGUAUAUUUGAUCCAAGAGGCCGCUGGUCGUUACUUUAUCACCGACAUACCGGAUCUCAACCACAACAGCACACGAGAAGACGACGAAAGGAUCCUCAGCAACGCUAUCCUCGAGGCAAUUCCAAUUGGGGACAUCCCGUUCCUGAAGAUUCUGCUGACACUGCUUCAGGGUCAGAACCCACCUCAUCUCAGCCCCGAUCAGAGCUACACUGGUGCGCUCAUUGCUCCCGUGGCUGGAACCCAGGACCGAGCAAUGGUCCAACUGUACAUCGAGGAGGCUUCCUGGUCUCGAGAAGAGAUGGACAGGUAUGUUCUCACGGCCAUGAGAUCAGGCAAUCCAGAUGUUCUUUCUGUACUUCUUGACAUCUACGCUGUUUAUGAUCGCCGCAUUGAAGAAAUUGAACGCUUCGCACAGCGCAUGUCUGGGCUUCUAGACAAAACCGAAUUCUUGGAUGAUGCGUCCCACGACCAGAUACGGGAUGUUGUCACGAGGAAGAUCAAAUCGAUGAAAGCUGCUGCCAUUAGAUCUUCGGAUUAUGCGCGGGAUAAGUGGCUGGUUGAGUCGGGAGCUGACUAG